UUAAACUCGUUGCUAUAACAAAAUUAUUCAUUUUUGAAAAACUGUUGUGUGAAACUCCUGUAUUACUAAUAAUUAAUUCAUAUACAUUUAAAUAAUUAUUAACUUUGUUAUUAUUACACUUUCGAUCGGUAGAAAAUGACAAACGUUCAAGACAGUGAAUACAGGACUGAAUUCUUAGAAAAUCCUUCGUCAUUUCAACCAACGACCAUGAGACCUAGAAGUCUGUACUCGUUCAGCGAUGACCCAAACUUCUGUUUCCAGAGGUAUGGAGCAGAGUAUAAGUAUGAGCCACCAGUGACUGCCAACUUGGACCAAUGGAGUACCAGCAACAUAUCUUCCGGAUACUCGUCAGGCUCGCUGUGGCGACCCCCAUCCCGCUACAACCUCCGGUCUCAGAUGUCUCUGCCUUACGUUCCCAGCGAAGACACCAUCUCUUACAUGGAUACGUUGCGAGACAGAGAUUUUGUGGACAACCUGAACAACGGCGCUGUGAUUGCCACGGAGCACGGGACCAUGUCCAUCAGACUACACAGCAGGAUGCGAGUGGACAUGACCAUAGACAGAGCCAUCCGAAUCACCAAUCUGAAGAGUAACAUUGUAAUGUCAUUGGGUGCGUCAGGGGCCUCGUCUGCUCUGUUACAUCCCAAUGGACGUAUCUACCAGUAUGGCAGCCGAGUGGAGAUUCAGGCACACGACGUUCAAGGCAACAACAAGCUUGCCAAGAUGUGGUACAAAGGAGUGAGCUUCACAUCUGAGAAGUGUGCACUCGUGUAUCUUGUAGACUCCGCCGGGACUCGCACCACAACUGACAGCUUCUCUGACAUGUCUCAAGACUUCUCUCUCGCUGUUUUUUACAACGAGAGUCGCCAUGGACUGGGCUACCAGCAGGAGGCGAUGCACCUUCUGCAGAACGCUCAGUACUUCAUUGAUGACAAGAAAGUGCAGAAUUGGAUCAUCAACAAUGUCAGAAUAUCUCAGACGCCAGACGGAUUGCUACGUAUCGCCCGGAACAGCAACAAGUACCAGUUGCGUACUUCCCCCACCAACGGCUCAGCGACCAUCACAACGCCCUUUGUCCACACGACCGCCUCGCUUGGCCAGACGUCCCACUUGUUUGUGCGGCGAGGCGAGCGUCGGAUGCACUACGAUGGUGUCAGCUUCAUUGUACGCAAUGCUGGGCAUUCCGCCGGCUUUGAUGAGAAGAACAUGCUGAAAGUGUUUUGAAACUGGGUUUUGAAAUUCUUAACGGGGAGUAUCGCUUUUAGACCGUUGAGAGGAAGAAACACAGGCUUUUUUAUAAGACACUAUAGAGUUUUACAAUCUGAUAAUGUUUUACAAGUACAGACCCAUGAAGGAGUUUGUAAAAUAAUUUGGAAAUUGAAAUUCCAAAAUGUUUUUUUGAGAAUUUUUGUUUUUGAAAUUGGGAAUGUUCCAGUUUCCUAGCAAUUGUAAAAUUGUUUUAGUUGUUAAAUUUGUUUUAAAUACAGGGUUAAAUUUGUUUGUUGACGUUAAAUUGUUUUUCGAUGAUACUUAUUGUUUGUAAUUAUUCUUGUGAAGUUUCAUUGCGUUUAAUUAUUGUUUGUUUAGGGUUUAAUCCUAAAUUGUUGUUUAUUGCUGAGAAAUUGUUGUUUUCCUGUUUGCUAAGUUUCUUUAGAGCUGUGAUAACUUGCCAAUUUGUUGUACUUUUAUUGUGAAAUAAAAAUUAUUGUAAUGAAAUAAAAUCUGUAUGAUUGCAGAUU